UGGGGCACCGAGGUGGCGGACCACUUGAACCAGGUGGGCUCGUUCAUGGUGUUCUCUUUCGUGCUCUACAUCUGCGUGACGGUGUUCUCAUCGUUCGUGGACGCGGCUUCGCGGCAGUCGAUGCAAGACGACGCGAAUCUCGUGGAGCACAUCGACAAAAAAGCGAAGUGGGUCGAACAACUCGCUGAUAUCUUUACCACGUAUGACAGUUCAGGCGAUGGCUUUAUUUCGUUGGACGAGUUCGAGUGCGUGUUUGAGGAUGUGCGAACGCGGGCUAUCUUCAGUGAACUCGGGAUCGACUUGGACUUUCGACAGUCAAGGUCCUUGUUCGCAGUGUUCGACAUAAAUUUCGACGGCCAGAUCGAUAUCGACGAGUUCAUACAGGGCUGCUACUACUUGAAGGGACCUGCGAAGAGCCUGGACAUGUACCUCGGCCUCUGCAAAAUCAACCGCAAGCUCGACAGCGUGAUUGGCUCCGGCAGCGGGCCCGACCUUCCGAGCAAGGGCCUCCCCGCCGAAGAACUACCAGCAGCCACCGAGGAGUACCAACAGGAGCCGCCUCCACGCGGCCGCGCGAGCACGUCUUACUCUUCCGAGGAUGACCGCAGCUUUUCUGACGAGCUCGGUCCGGUGGGGCCUCGGGAUAGUAACAGUUCCUGCAGCCACUUGUCGAUGGAGAGCCUCUGAGGCGACCAAGCUCUGAGGAGAAAGACUCUCCGACACCGACGCCUGAGCACGCAUGUGAGUCAGUCUUGCUCCCUAGAACUGUAUGGCGCCAGUAUCUUCUUAAAUAGUGUUUCGUUGGUCGGCAUGUGCCUUGCACGUGCUAUCCGGCGCGGCACACCAGGCUCGUUCGAGUUCCAGAUUCGAGCGGUUGGUUUCCUAUACUCCGCCUUGUUGUCGGCCUUGCUGCCGCCGCUUGUGGCCCAUAAGGUGGCCACCUUGCGUGCUUGUAUUAGACGCGUACUGUACCGCUUUAGUCACCAUUUCGCGCAGGAGCAUCCGUUUUCGUCGCACAUGUCAUGUCAUAGUUUCUUCCUCCUCCUCGUUUUCCCUCUCCUCCGCCUC